AUGGCACCGAUUCCAAGCAGAUCACGUGUAUAUGCUGAUGUAAGCCUUAUUUCGUAGAAGUUGCUAGACCGAAUUUUCUCUCAUAAAAAAGAAGUCAUUCGAGCCUUUGGUUCAUUGACACUUUGAGAGAAUUUAUAAACUUAGUACUUGGUUCACUCUAUCGAGUGAAAUUUUUCAAGAAGAAACGGUUUUAACAUCACCUUUCCUAUAUAAUUUUUUUGAAAUUAUAAAAAAAAAAUCAAAUGUUUAAUACAUGUAGUAGAGUAUGAGAAAGAAAGACAGCUAAUCAGUGAACAAUGAAAAAAAAACCUUCCACUGUUCUAAUACUAACACAAAGUUUCCCAUAUUCCACUCUGAUAGCAUUAUCUUCCAGGUAAAUCCUUCUAGAGCACGCGAGUACUGGGACUAUGAGUCUCACGUUAUCGAAUGGGGGCAAAUUGACGAUUAUCAGCUUGUUCGAAAACUUGGUCGUGGUAAAUAUUCAGAGGUAGGUAUAAACUUGUUUCAUGAAGUGGGCGCAGCAUGUUAUCGUAUCAACUUUUUUUUCUUGAAAAUUUUUCUAGAAGAGAAGAGUAAUUGUAAUUCUGAGAUCUUCAAAGGAUUUAAAAACUCAUAUUAAAAUUUGCAGGUAUUUGAAGGGGUCAAAGCUUCAAGCGACGAAAAAAAGUUGUUGUGAAAAAUUCUAAAGGUUCGUUUUUUUAACGAUCUUCAUUUCAUGGUCGAGUGAUUGAAUUAUUUUCAGCCUGUAAAAAAGAAGAAGAUAAAGAGAGAGAUCAAAAUUCUUGAAAAUUUGAAAGGCGGAACGAAUAUAAUCACUCUUUUGGAUGUUGUCAAGGAUCCGAUAUCACGAACACCAGCGCUCAUUUUCGAGUGAGUUUAUUAAUGAAUAAAGUAAGAAGUAUAUACGAGUAACGAUACAAUGAGCGACAGAAAGCUUUAGAAGUAUUGAUUUUUAACUUCAAAAAAGAACCUUGUGAUUUACAUUUAAAAAAUUCAUUUUUUUACCUCAGGAUUUCGUUGUGUUUCAAUUAUACAUUUUAAGGUAUGUGAACAACUCUGACUUCAAGCAGCUUUACCAGACUCUGAGUGAUUUCGACAUUCGAUAUUACUUGUUUGAACUACUUAAGGUCAGAUUUUCCUUAUUGAAGAAAUUGUGUACUUCCGGUAACAAAGUUAGUUAAUUAGGGGAAAAGCAGAAUACCAUAAGGAUAAAAGGAAAGGGAAUAUAUCGAGCAAUGGCGAAUAAAAAACAUUAAAUACUUGAAGAGCGGUUUUUUGUUGUUGUUGUGAAAAGUACUGAUCAUUUUUCAACACAUUUUGUCGAGAAGACUUGAAAAAUUCUCGAAGUUUUAUUUUAAAAAAAUCGAGAUGCUCUGUCGUUAGGAAGUGUUUCGAUAAAAAGCGAGUUUGAAAUUGAACUCAAGCGAGAUAUUUUCCUACAGGCCAUCCUAAUAAGGGAAGUUUUUAAAAGACUGCUGUACAAGAAAACCGCGUGGAAUCAAAAAUAUUCUUGAAAAAAGUAGCGCAGAGGCUCGAAAUUUUUUAUAAGUUCAGAAAAAAACGUUUUGUACGGUAUUUAAGUAGAACGAAAAUUGUAUUGAUUGCUUGUUGGAUUGUUUUUUCCAAGUUACUCAACAUUUUCAGGCAUUGGAUUUUUGUCAUUCUCAAGGAAUCAUGCACAGAGAUGUGAAGCCACACAAUGUGAUGAUCGACAAUGAAAAGAGAGAAGUUUUACAUUUUAAAAGACAAAAUUACCUAAUUUUUCUUCCAGCUCCGUUUAAUUGAUUGGGGUUUGGCAGAGUUCUACCAUCCAAAAACAGGACUACAAUGUUCGCGUUGCUUCUCGUUAUUUCAAAGUAAUAGUUUUUUUUCAAUUUUUAAUAUAAUCUGAUAUUUGUAGGGACCCGAACUGUUGGUCGAUUAUCAAUGCUACGACUAUUCACUGGAUAUGUGGAGUUUGGGGUGCAUGCUUGCCAGUAUGAUUUUCCGCAAGGAGCCCUUCUUCCAUGGACAUGACAAUUAUGAUCAAGUAACUUUUUUUUCUUGAUUAGAGACAUUUUCUUUCACCGAAAACUUUUUAGCUUGUACGAAUCGCAAAAGUUCUUGGAACUGAUGAACUCUAUGAGUACGUUGCCAAAUAUCAAAUCGAUCUUGACCCCCGUUUCAACGACAUUCUGGGAAGACAUUCAAGAAAACGAUGGGAAAGGUUAUUAAUUUUUGAAUUUUUGGAUUCUCUAGGAUUUUUCAACAAAAAUGAUGUUCACUGUUCAAGUUAUGACUUUCAAUUUGUGUAGAAUUUUUUUAAUUAAGAUUUUUUUGUUGAAAAAAAUAUAAAAAAAAUAUUUUUUUAAAUAUGAAAUAGAACUUUUUUUCUAAAAUAAAUCUUCUAAUAUGCUCAGCAAAUUUAAUGACUUUUUUUCUUUAUUUUUUUCGCAUGUCUUUUUUUCAAUACACCAGUCAGAAAGUUCGUGUGAAAUAUAUGGUGUUUGUGAAGCUUACACACCAAGUCGCUCUAUCGAGUACUGUAUUUUUUCAAUUUCCGUGUUUGCAAUCAUGAAAUAAAACUUUAUGAAAAGUACGAAAUCUUCUCAGUUUGAUUAAUAUUUCGUGGAGUCAAAUUUAAAUAACAAAAUUGAGUAGCGAUCUUGAAAGAGAAAAAAAAAACCUUUUUACUAAUCUGAAAAAAAAAAUAUUAUUCUGAAACAUAGCCUGGCUUCGAAAAAGAAUUAGAGAACAUGCAAAUCAUCAAAAAGUAGAGGAUAACUUUGUAAAAAAAUCUUUUUUUAUAACUCGAAAAUUUUUAGUCCGAAAAAUUUAUCAAAAAAACUGGAUUAGUAACGUAAUUUAUAUUGUUUCUAUAAUAAAACUCCAAAUUCCAUGCUUUUGAUCACCUUUGUUAUUGAAAUAAAAGAAAAUCUUGAAAAAGCUGGAAAGCUAAAAAAAAAAAGCUUGUUUUUGAAAUACUUCAGUAGAUCUCUGACUCGUGUUCAGUCCGCAUAAAUGGAACUAUGAAAAUUUUUCAAAGAAGAAAAAAAUCUCAUCACUAAAUGAAAACUCUGAAUUUUUUUUUUUUUGUGCAAAUUGAGAGCUCAAUAUCGUAAAAAAUAUUGUUACGCUUAUUCACACUGCCUAAUUGCAUUAAUUCAUUUUCAUUCCUAGACUUUUUAGCGCAAAAAUUGGUGCUACCUUAUUGAUGGAGGAAGUUUUGAUAAAAACUGCCGCUCUCUGAUAAGACUGAGUUUUAUAUUUCAAUUUCAGGUUCAUCCACGCGGAGAACCAGCAUCUCGUCUCCCAGGAAGCUCUAGACUUUCUUGAUAAACUUCUACGUUACGACCACGCUGUAAGUAUUCUUCAUCAUCGGUAACAUAAAAACUUUUAUUUUUGCUCUAUUUUUUCCGUGGUCUUAACAGUAUGUUUUUUAUCUCGGUACAGUUCGCAUAUUGAACUUCAAGCUUUUCUUUUAAAAAUGCAAAGCUUUGCGCGGACAGAAAAAGCUCGCCAUAGGCUUUGAAAAUUUCGAAAAUUCUUCCUUAUUCUAUUUUUGUCUCGAAUCUUUCAAAUUAUGCUCAUUAAGGUAUCAAAAAAUCUUUUUGAACUUUUUGUGUAAAAAAAAUUUGGCGAUCGCCACUCAUUGUGGUCCGUUUCGGCCUACAUGGACGUCACACGCACAGCUUCAAAAUUUUUUGAAACAUCUUGCUUCUAAGAAUCAAGCCGCGGGGCAAAAGCAUUUUUAAAAACAAUUAUAAUUUUUGAUCUACACUAAGAAUAACUGACGAGAUAAACGCGAGCUCGGUGGCGGUACAUUGACUAACUCGCAAAAAUGUCGCUUUUUUCUAGGCGCGAUCCAGCAUUUCUCUCGGCGCGACCUCGCAUUUUUCUCGGCGCCAUCUCGCAUUUAUCUUGCAUUUCGGAAAUUUUCAAAUUGCGAGAGAAAUGCGAGCUCGCGCCUAGAAAAGUGCGAGCUGGCGCCCAGAAAAAUGCGAGACCGGCGCGAGAAAAAAAGCGAGAUGUUUGCGAGCUCGUCAAUGUACCGCCAGUGUCUCGCGUUUAUCUCGGCAGUUAUUCUUAGUGUAUGUAUAAUUUCUCACUCAACACUGUUCAAAAAAAGCACAAUGUUUAAGCCCGUUGCUGCACCACUAAAAAGUCUACGUCUGGAUCUUUGAGCCUCGAAUUCUCGAAAACUAGAGUGCAUUUGAAAGAGGGCAGACGUUCGUUCCAAACACUCUUUUGUUGACCAGGGCUCUCUAGAUUUCGAAGAUUCAGGCGUUAACCUUUUGAGUCUCGAUUUUUGGGGUGCCUUCUUCACGCCCAGGAGUUCAAAUAAUUUUUUUUUCUCUGAUAUAUUCAGUAAAAAAUAUUAUAGCGAUACUUGAGUAAUACAUAAAUCAUUUAUACACAUUUACAAAUGGUGCUUCAGACUCGUUUGACAGCGAAGGAAGCUAUGGCACACGAGUACUUCAAGCCAGUCUUCGCCGCGGCGAACGGCCGAACUUGCGAAGCCAUGAACGCCGGUGUUUUGGACGCCGGCGAUCUCAAUGAAAUUAACGCAUAG